GCUCGAAAAACAUCUGUAGAAAAUCUCUUUGCGUCACAGUGAGGGAGGCGCAACUCCGACGCUCCUGUGUGCGUGUCGGGGGCCGUCCCGCGUUCGGGACCGCCGCUCACCCUCCCGCGACGAGCACGUGCGGUGGAUGGGUGGGUGGUCUCCGACCCGCCGUCUUCACGUGGCUCCAGCGAGAGGCGCUCGGAGCCAAACCUCCACAGCGUCAGUCCGUUGCGGCAGCAGCAGGAGACAGCGUCCCAAACAUGGCUGUGGAGCUGGAGCCCACUGAUGUGAUCCGUCUGAUCAUGCAGUACCUCAAGGAGAAUAACCUUUACCGCACGCUGAUGACCUUACAGGAAGAAACCACAGUUUCUCUCAACACCGUGCAAAGCAUCGAGAGCUUUGUAGAGGAUAUAAACAGAGGCCACUGGGACUCUGUUCUGCUGGCCAUUGAGUCUCUCAAGUUGCCUGACAACACACUGAUUGACCUCUAUGAGCAGGUUGUAAUGGAGCUCAUUGAAAUGAGAGAGGUGGGUGCAGCCCGCUCGCUCCUCAGACAAACUGACCCGAUGAUCCUGCUGAAUCAGACCGAGCCAGAGAGGUACGCCCAUCUGGAGAAACUGCUGACGUGUCCUUACUUUGACCCUCGAGAGGCGUACCCAAAGGGCACCAGUAAGGAGAAGCAGCGCAGAGCCAUAGCUGAGGCUUUGGCCAGAGAAGUCAGUGUGGUGCCUCCUUCUCGCCUCAUUGGACUCCUGGAGCAAGUCAGCAAUAUAAAGCGACAGAUAAAUCCAGGUUAUCUUUCCCCUGAAAUAACAAUCGACACAUCGACAAACAAGGAGCAGCAUGCGGAAAAAGAAAGCUUUCCAUCUCAGCUGUACCGCCACAUAAAGUUUGGACGACGUUCACAUGUGGAAUGCGCCCGGUUCUCUCCUAAUGGCAAAUAUUUAGUCACCGGAUCAGUGGAUGGGUAUAUUGUGUUCUGGAACUUCAACAGUGGAAAAAUUUGUAAGGAUCUCAAGUAUCAGGCCCAAGAAAGCUUCAUGACGAUGGACGAUGCUGUGCUGUGUAUGUGCUUCAGUCAAGAUGUAGAUCUACUCGCCACCGGAGCGCAGAAUGGCAAAAUUAAGGUGUGGAAGAUCCAAAGUGGCCUGUGUGUGCGAAGGUUCGAGCACGCUCACAGCAAAGGUGUGACUUGUCUGAGCUUUUCAAAGGACGGCGACCACAUCCUCAGUGCCUCACUUGACCAAACCAUAAGAAUCCAUGAGCUGAGGUCGGGCAAGACGCUGAAGGAGUUAAAAGGACAUUCAUCGUUUGUAAACGAUGCGUGUUUCGCUCAGGAUGGUUUUCACAUCAUCACCGCCUCAGCCGAUGGCACUGUUAAGAUUUGGAACACAAAAUCCUCCGAAUGCAUUCACACGUUCAAAUCCCAGUCAAUGACGUCAGACGUCCCAGUCAACAAUGUGAUUCCUCUUCCCCAAAAGCCUGAGGAGUUCGUGGUGUGUAACCACUCCAGCACAGUGGUCAUCAUGAACAUGCACGGCCAGACAGUGAAGACUUUCUGUUCAGAGCAGCCAGAGAGAGCAGGCUUUGUGUGCUGCACCGUGUCACCCCGCGGGGAAUGGAUCUACGGUGUGGGGGAGGACAGUGUGCUGUACUGUUUUAACUACACAACAGGGAGGCUGGAGAAAACGCUGACUGUUCACGACAAGGAUGUAAUUGGCAUCGCUCACCACCCACAAGAGAACCUGAUUGCCACAUACAGCAAGGAUGGCCUGUUAAGACUGUGGAAACCUUAAGCUGUCGCCUGCGUUCUGCUGUGGAGGAGCCAGGCAGUUGUUUGCAAAGUUCAAAAGCAUUCAGAUCAACUCAAAGGGGUAUCAGAAAUUUUGAUGAAAAUUUCUUUAAAAAUCCUACACCUUCUUCCCAGUGUAUUAUGUUUACUGAAUGCUCACUUCGCAUUUAAAAUCAGAAGAUAGAAAAUAGAAUUAGAAAAGCAAUGCUUGAGUACAAAGAGAAGAUCUCACGGUAACAUAAGCUAUAGGUGUGUCUGGUGCACAUUUAGUUAAAACAUAGUCUUUCGUCAUUUAGCGAAGUUACUCAUAGCGGGUAGUGUAUUUAGACAUGCUACUCAAGUGUAGUGAUGCUUCAUGAUAAUAUUACUCAAGUAAAAGUAAAAAGGAUAGAGUAGUAAAAAUUUUCCAGUAACAGUUUUUUCCCCCAAAAAAAGUUACUCAGGUAAUCGUAACUGGGAAGAUGUAAGUCGCUACUAUCCAUCUCUGCUUUGAAGAAACCUCACUUAAAAAAUCCUGUACCAUCCUACUAAGAGUAAUAUGGUGUUUGUUUAAACUUUUUUAUAUUGAUACAAGUCUUAUGAAAGUGAAUUUUACAUUUUCAAAGCAAGAAGUUCAGGAUACAGAAUUUAAGAAUCAACCAUGUAUUUCUUAUUUGCCUUAAUAUUUAAGGUUAAGCUAGGUCUUUAACUGUUUUUAGUUAUUAAUAUUUUUUAAAAAUAAAUAAACAUACCAUUUGACAGCUGUGUGAACUUUGUCAACUCUGCCUAGGACCUCCAUAAUACUGUUUGUGAGUCCAACUUCACUAGUGCCACUUGAAUCCAACACUCUCAUCUCUUCUGUCUCUAACAGACAUGAAAAUGCAUGUUGGUGAACUGUUAUGAGAUUAUUUACAAUAGAAACUGCCUAACGUUUGGGCAUAAAUAAUGUCAGGUACUUGAUGCUUUCCUGGCUUUGGUUUGUAAAAAUGCUUCCCUUUCCACCCUAAUUUGCUCUGCAUGCUACUUCAGUUCACCGCCUUGCAGUGGGUCUAGAGCGAUUCACAGAUAUGCAUGCUUAAAAACGGCAGAACUUCGGCAGAAGUUCCAGUCUGCAUCCUGUUUGUAAUUGCGGCUUUGUUUUGUUGUACUUUCCUGUGCAUACAUACAUGUUCAUGCCCGCAGGUAACGGACUGUCCACUAUUUAUUAUGUGCGAUAUUAUUUGUUACUGUAGUGUGAAGUCAUUACACUCUAUUUUUUGUAUAUUUGCUAUAUUGUGGAUAUCAUGUAGUCUGC